UUAUUAAGUCUUUUAUUCUUGAAUAUUUUUACAAGCACUAUGAAAAUGAUUUUCUCGAAGAAAACAAAAUCUUGACUCCAUCUUAGUGCCCUGGCUGACAUUUAGUGAAGUGGUUGCCAUGGAAAUACAGUUCAAUGUAUGCAAACUGACAGAACAAGCAUCGACUGUUAGUGAUGUUGUUAGACAUGCAUCUUACAUGCCACGAAACCAGGACUUAUUUACAUUUCCAUAUUGAUAGAGAGACACUGUAGAUAGAUACUUUCCAUGUGGAAAUGUAAAUAAGUCCUUGUUUCGUGGCAUGUAAGAUGGAUGACUAACAACACACCAAAAGCAGUGGCCAUACUAAUACUGAGAUAUAAUAUACAUAAUAUGAUUUGUGCUAUUAAAGGGGAAUUCAACUCUGAACGUACAGGCGCAAAUGUCAUCAUUUCACCAUAGAAUGUAAGUAGGAACAUUUAAUUAAACUGUAGAGGGGGAUGAAAGGGCUGACGUUUCAAAUCAAGGGAGAAGCUGUUGCUAUUUCCUUUGUUGUCCUUAUUUCUUUAAAUGCUGUGAUUUUUAAUUUAUGUAUGGUGACAUAAAAGACCAAAAAAAAUGUAGGGAUUUGAGUUUUGAGUUUCCCCGAACGUCUUAAGGGAUUCUUUUAAAAUAGUGGACUAUUUUUUUUUCUUGCGCUGCAUCUGCUAAGGAAAAUGAAUGCAUUUGAAUAAUACAUUAAAAGCAUUUCAGCAGCCACACGUCCUCGUGGGAGAGCCAAUGUGCAGAAGUCACUUGUGAGUUAUUUUUUAUUUAACAAAAAAAGAAAAGAAAAAGAAGCCAUAGUUGUUAAAGAUAAAGCUGUAGCUGUGCUACUUCGGGAUUGUUUCACUAUAACUGUGCUAGCUUUCAUCUUUAAAGCUACAAAUGCAUUAUUGAUCAUGUUAUGUUGGCAUUUACUGUUAAAUACAUAAAAAGGCUACAAAAAAGGCUAAAUACCGUUGACCCGACUAUAAGAUAAAAAGAUGGGUUGUCUUAUAUUUGUGAUUUACAGAUUUACAGUAUACAUUUAAACUAUGCUACCAAACGACUUUUCUUUGAGUCAGUCUGAGCUUUUCUUCCCGUCACUCUCACACACACAUGCUGUAUACGCUAGAGCCCGACAGAUAUCGGCAGGCCAGCACGCCUCCCUCAUUUAUCGUGUGAUUAAUUUAUUUCUUUCGUAUCGCUAAACCGUUUCUUUCUGAACGAGAAAUCUUGUCAUUUGUAGCAACUUACAUGAGCAUGUGUCUUAUUUACAGUGGUGUGAAAAAGUGUCUCAAUAGAAAAUCUUAGGAGGAAUGACUUGUUUGGUCACAUGGCUGCCACUAUGGUCUGCCAAGUGACAUAAUAAUUUGUAAGCUUAUUUAACAAACAUAUUGUUCCAUGCUUACACACCACUAAUUGUGUGCGCUAAUACACUCAGUGCAUACUCCUACUAGAAAGAUAUGCACCCUAAGUCUAUUUCACAUGCACAUUACGUGAGGAAUGUCCACGGCAUGACUUCAAACAUCUGACAUCCACCUCAUAGGGCCAGACUCCAGGCAAAUAACUGCGUAUAAGAAGGCACACUGUGUCAUUACUGCGACACGUGUUUUGUCAUACGCUGAAUGGACUGGCUUUGAAUAUAAAGAUCAUUGAAAGUUUAAAGUGCUGCACACGUUUUCAAUGUAUUUUUGAAUUUGGGGUGGUGGACCGGUAAUUCGGAUUACAGGCAAUUCUAAUAAAUGUGAUGCUAAUUAAUCUGUCACCCCUGUAUUAUUAUGUACUCUUUUAUUUUGAAAUACCUACUGUGCUCCAAUAAUCAAAUUAAAUUAAUUCACUAAUGUAUACAAAUAUUAAUAAAUAAAUUAUAACAAGCAUCUGUGGUAUCUCGAAAAGCGCUAUAUACAGUCAUUUAAAAAAUAUCAGUAUCAUAUUGUUUGGAACACUGAUAAAAUCAUUGUUUAUAAUUCUUCUUCUUCUGCGUGGGGUAAUGUGGUAAAUGUAGCUGUAUUUUUGUAUUACAAGUAAUAAAAUUUAAUUUAAAAAUGGAAAAAUACAUUGUAAUAUAAUUUAAAUAUAUAUUAUUACAGCUAAGACAUUUUUUUUUUUGCUUUGCACUAAAAUAAAUCCACAUUUCAGAAUGUUCACUUUUGCCAUCCCUUCAUAACAUUACAUAAUAACAUAAAAAGCGUCUUUAGUGUGUUUAGUGUGCACUAUGCAUGUCCAAACAACAUGUAAGUGUGCUUCAAUAAAAUUUGGAGGGGCAUAGAGAGAACUGUUAGAACCGUUCAGUUGUAAAGGACUAAAAGAGAUAAACUUCCAGUGUUUCUAUAUUGCUUAACCUUUCAACAGUUAAGUGACCUUUUAUUGCGUGACCGUACAGAACAUUUGUGUCGGUUUACCUUUCCAUGUUAGAAAAAAAAAAAAAAAAAAAGGGUGACCUUUCCUUCCUACUUUUGUGUUUCAACCGCCAACCCACCUCCUUUAUCAUUACAGGUAUUUGUCAACUCAUUCUACAUUCUACAAAUGUCUUAAAAGUCCUCUGUCCCUAUACUUGUCCUCCAGGCAUGUAGUGAAAGGUAUUACGGUGGUCAGUCAGCCAGGGAAACAACCUGCAAACCAUAUAAUUGCCACUGUUGCGGCGAGAUACACAGAAGUAGUGGUGAAGUCGUGGGUUAACUGCUAAUGUCAACGACACAGCAACCCAAUUUGUCAAGGAAUUGGUCAAAUUGAUUGUAAACCUCUUAUUAAAUUGUCAAUCUCAUAUUGUGCAUGAGCAGCGAUUCAUGAAUACUAAUAAAUAAUCGCUGAACACCACCAUGUGGUAGAAUGUUUGUCAUGGUGCCUGAAAGGUUUUCACCUGCAAGAUGGUGGCGGAGAAACAAUGGCACUUAACUCAAUCAAUACCAAAGACGUAUUUAUAAGUUUUUAAAAACCCAAACGCCCCAUCCCAAAGAUGUACUCAUAGGUUUUUUGUGUGUGCGAGAGGCAAAAAGAAGCGAUGACACAACUGCACAGUAAAAGAUGUCACUCUUUAAAGCAGUUUUAAGCCAUAAAAACGGCCGCAAGGUGGCAGAAGUGCAUUUGAUAAGCGCUCGUCAUGCAUCUUUUGCAUGUAAAAACACACUCGACAGCAAGGAGGAAGGGAACCAGCAUGGAGGAGUGUAGCGUGCAGGUUACGCAUUGUAGGGAAAUUAUAACGCAUGCACACGCGCGUGCACACACGUGCACACAUACAGUUUAGUUCCAAAUGUGAAAUUGUAAAUAGUUCAUAGUGUUAUAUUUGGAAAUAAAUUGUUAUUUUGAUGUAAAUCAACCCCUUUUUUUGUAUUGUUUGUGUUGUGGUAUAGUUAUUGAGGUAUUUGAGCUGUCGCGAGCAAAAACAAUUCAGAUGAAAGACGAGAGUCUAAUGGUAGGUUCCAUGUUUAUGUAUAGCCAUAGAACACAAUAUUCUGUGCGCCUUGAAUCGGUACUGAAGGGGUUGUCCUUUGAAAAGUGGCUGGGAUUGGAUGAGGUAAUUGCACACCAAAAUUGUGUGGACAGAAAUCCAAAAUGUUGGCCUCAUGACUCAUAUCGGUAUAAAGUAUUUGUGUGUGUGUGUGUGUGUGUGUGUGUGUGUGUGUGUGUAUGACCAGUGGUUCUCCAAUGGUUUUGCUGUGGGACUCGCCAUCAUGACAAGUCGCCUACAUGACAAGUGGCAACCCAAAUUGCUGACAUUUUUCUACUUAAAUAUCUUAUUUUAUGAAAAGACCGUGCAGUUUGAAAUGGAGGUGGUGCAAAAUAAGUGUUGCAGCGUAAUUCAAGGAACAAUAUGUUACUAUCCACAAAAUCGAAAUAUUUGAACAGAAAGUGUCUGUAAAACAUGCAUGGUCGUUGACACCAUGACAUACAUGGUCAAAGUCUUCCACACGUACAUGUAUCUGUUUACUCCUUGCGACAAAUUCGACCCUUUGCGCUUUGAUUUUCGCGGCUUCAAAAAAAAUCCUCAGUGUUGGGUGGUUGACUUCAGGCUAUUAUUAGUCAAAUAAUAUGCCUGUUGAAGCAAAUUUAUAUAUAUUUUUUGCCUAAAUUAAGCAUUUUCAAGCAUAAACGUGGUUAAAGAAACUAAAAUACAAAUACAGGGCAUUCAGAAAACUCCUUCAAAGACGUGAUGAUCUUUAGUAUUCUAGACUGGUCAAUAGGUGUCAGUAAUGUUACACUGUUGAGACAAUAGCCACCGCAGGAAGUACUGCGAGCAACAAAGAACUCUUCCAGUGCUAAUACGUGAGUCUAUAUUAUGUCUUAUUUCUGUCUAAUAUUUCUUCUCUUAUGUCUACUAAAUUGGGUAAUACCAGCGUAAAGGUGACUAUGGGGGUGUUAUGUCAUGUCUAGUGGGCUCUAAUAUAACAUGCUUUUUUAUGCUCUAUGAAAAUAUUUUAUUUAUAAAUUAAGAAUUCUACUUUGCGGAAAAUGGCUCAUCACAGUCAGGUCUGGAACCAAUUAACCGUGAUAAACGAGGGAUUACUGUAUCUAGGAAGGCACUCGGUAGAGAAUAGUCCACCCACGUAGUAUUACUGAUAAAGAAUAGUACUUUCAACAAUUAAAUAACAUUGAUACAUGUCUUAAAGUGAAACACACACGUAUGACAUUGCAUUACGGCACUUUACUUGACUUUUUGGAUUAUUUUGAGCCCUAUUUAUUUAAAUUGGCCAACUAUACAACAACAUAUCUUCAUUGUGGUUUGUUUUCUGUAUUGUAUGUUAUUUAGAAUUUUAUUUAUAUCAUGCAAGGUGGCAGUUAGCAUUAAUAACUGGCGGGUGGAGCGAUAUGAUAGGCGACAGGAUAAAAUUACGCACAAUUUUAUCCCUAUUGGCACCAAAAUACAGUAUAAUGAGGUCUUGCUCUGCAUGUGUUGUCUCAAAGUUUCAUGGAACCGGUACUUAUUGUGUAAUCUUUCUUACUAACUAACAACAAACCAACCAACAUAUUUUCCCCAUAGGAAGUAACGGAAAUAGACUAAAUCCAACUGUGAGCAUUAUAAAUGACAUUCGGUUCUCAGCGUAGAAAUUCUGUGUUGCCGUAGCAACACAAAGCCAAGUGUUCCACACGAAGGCGUCACGUUAAUGUGCAAAAGCCUGUAUUCCAACACUGAAGGACAAAUCUUGUCAGUGAUUGAUAGCAUUGGAACAACAAGUGAUGUCAAGUACGCGAUGCUCCAGGGAGGUCAAGCCACUGUAUUUAACAGAUGACCUCGCACUGACAGAUCAUUUGAGGGGUAAACCAACAGUGCUCAGCUCGCUUGCCUUCCAACAAUGUGAACAUCGUUGUCACCCGGGCUUGUGUUGCUUUUGUGUGUCGUGGGAGUGACAUCUUCGCUGUCAGCCGUCACACAGAGCUGACAGCUUACUGCGGAAAAAUUGAUAUGUCUGCCUUGUACCAUUUCCUGGUGCCGCUGGGACAGACGCAUACAUGUUGUUCAUUGUGUUUCUUCUGAUUGAUUUGCGCUUGCAAUAGCAAUGCAACCUGAUUUUGUGUUUUUUUGUAUUGAGCCUUUGCAUAUAUUCAAAAAUAAAAUCCAUUAUUGAUUGAUACAUUAUACUGUGAAAUGAAAGUGCAAUCAAAAAGAUGCAAACUAUCACAGUCGAUUUCAUUUCACAUGUUCAAGCAUGCCGCCUUUACCCUUGGCGAUGAUUGCAGCGGUUGAGAGGCUUUGACCGGAAUUUCUGAGCAUUCUUGCAAUGUCUGGUUUCACUUCCAUGGUUUUGGCUUUCCUUUUCUUCGGUCCACUGCCAUCCGGGGAGCCUGCUGUGCUCUUGGGAGACAUGAUGAAGGGCGGAAGAUUGUCUUCCUCGAUGUGGCUAUGCCUCGACUACGUGUUCUUCUGCCACAUGCACCACUGUUCCCCAGAAAGGAGCCUCAAGUGGACAAGUCAACAAAGGUGCUUUCACUUGCAGCUGAUUACGCAUCAAAGAUCGCCAAUCAGACUUCUGAAUCGCCUCUCAGGGCCAGCUUUCAGGCCCCCAGUUCUGAUUGGCUGAUCAGAGCAAAACUCUUCAGCAAGAUAAGUUAUGCCCACAAUGCCUGUCUGAGGAGGAGGAAAUUGCCAUUUCUGGUGAGUAGAUUGUAUUUUAUUUAAAAGGUUUUAUAUUUCUGUCAUGUUAUUAGAUAAAUAAUGAUUGUGAACUGCUUCAGAUGAUGUUGUAGUGUAGAUGUUUGGAGUUGUCUGAACCUUUAAUCACGAGCCAUUGUAUUUAUAUUUGUUACAAUUGCCUGAGCGCCACUGUAAGUCGCUCCAGCCAAAAAUGCACAACGAACAAGAAAAAAAUAUAGAUAAGUCGCACUGGACUAUGAGUGGCAUUUCUGGGGGGAAAUGGCAUUAUUUAUAAGCUUACCUUUUCCAAACUCACAUCAGCAAAUCAGGUAGCUAACGUUACAUCUCAGUAGUGGCUUGAGACAGAAAAGUACUUCUUCGGUGUUAGGUCCUACAAUAACAAUGCCGUUGUAGCUUGGUUAAUAUGCAGGUCAUGUUAUGUAAAUGGAACAUUGUUGCUGUUUUUGGAGGUUUUUUUAGAGGGCUUUAUAGUCAAAAUAGGUGGGUCCCAUUACAUGCAUUGUAGCUCCCUCAUGCUAGCUUUUUAUCUUUCUUUAGAACGCACAGAAAAUGGAAAGACGGAUAAAGAUGUGGUACUUUGAAAUCCUUUUUCAUUUGACGUAUUUUGUAUAAACUGUGCACCUAAUCAGACAUUGAAGCCUGGACUAAUCAAGAGUGAACUACUGGGGCUACUUAUUACUGAUUCUUACUCCAUCAUUUUAUCACAUUCAGUUCUUCUGCAAUGCAGGAGGGGAUAAAGGAACUUAGCACAGCGGGACUGUGCUUUGUGCUGUGUAAAAUUGGCCACAAAACGCAGCGGGCACGAAUCAUAGGCAAAGAAAGCACCACAUCAUUUUCUGGAAGGAAUAAACCACAAAAUAGAUGUGCUAUGACCUGCUGAUUUUGAGCUGCUGGACUGCAUGUCAGCUCAGCCUUGAAACCUACAUGGUCAUGCUGAGAGGUAGCUUUUAACCACACAUGUUUUGGAAGGAGACACGAGGGGAGGAUUUUAAAGGCUUUGAAGAAACACGCUCUUUUUCAUAAGAAGUUGUUUGCCCUCACUUGGGGUUAAGAAGUACGGCGGAGUAUUGGGGCCACAUUGAGAAAAAAAAAAAUUAGAUUUUGAGAAUAAAGUCAUAAAUUUACGAGAAAAAAGUUGUAAUAUUUACGACUUUGUUCUCAUAAUAUUACGCUUGAGAAUAAAGUUGUAAAUUUACGAGACCAAAGUCGUACAUUUAGGAGAAAAAAGUUGUAAUUUACCAGGAUAAAGUCGUACAUUUACGAGAAUAAAGUUGUAGAUUUCGAGAAAAAAGUCGUAACAUUUACGACGUUUUUCUCAUAUUACGCUUGAGAAUAAAGUUGUAAACCUACGAGAACAAGGUCGUACAUUUACGAGAAAGAACUUGUAAUUACGAGAAUAAAGUCGUUCAUUUACGAGAAAAAACUUGUAAUAUUAUCUGAAUUAAGUCGUACAUUUACGAGAAAAAAACUUGUAAUAUUACGAGAAUAAAGUUGUACAUUUAUGGGAAUAAAGUCGUAAAUUUCGAGAAAAAAGUCAUAAUAGUUAUGACUUUAUUCUCAUAAUAUUACGCUUGAAAAGCGUAUUAUUAGUAUAAGCCUUUUAUCUUUAAUUAUACAUUGUUUGCGGCCGCACGGUGACCUAGUGGUUAGCAUGUUGGCCACACAGUCAGGAGAUCGGGAAGAUCUGGGUUCUCCGUUGUGCAUCUCUGUGUGGACUUUGCAUGUUCAGUGGGGUGCCCAGGGGGUACUCCGGUUUCCUCCCACAUUCCAAAAAUCAAUUCCAAUUCCAUGCAUGUUAGGUUAAUUGGCGACUCUAAAUUGUCCGUAGGUAUGAAUGUGUGAUUGUGUGAAUGAUUGUUUGUCUACAUGUGCCCUGCGAUUGACUGGCGACCAGUCCAGGGUGUACCCCGCCUCUCGAAGUCAGCUGGGAUAGGCUCCAGCAUACCCGUGACCCUAGUGAGGAUAAACGGCAUAGAAGAUGGAUGGAUGGAAUAUUAAGAUCUUGUAAAAUUACAACCUUUUUCUCGUAAUUUCAUGACUAUAUACUCCUAAUAUUUCAAAUGUACUCUUUCAAAUAUUUUGAAAAAUAUUUUUUCUUUUUUUUUUUGAUGAAUUGUAUUUUUAGAAUGUGCCACAGGCCAGUAAAACACACAAAUGGCCCCCAAGCCACACUUUAGACACCCCAAUAUACGAUCGACUAUGAUAGAGGUGUGACAGCGCCACAUAAUCACAUUUUGGUACAGUUCAGUUCAUUUUAGGUAUAGCCAGGGAACAAAAUAAAAACAUAACACUGUUUAGCUUUGGUGUAAACAGCUUUAAUGAUUUUUUUCAAUGAAACUUUAAAAUUAAAGUUGUACUUCUGGGAUUCAAUGUGAAAAAUCCGGUUCUGAAUGCAUGUACCGUGACACCCGAUUGUGCAAUUGUGACCUCAGGAGGUCAAAAAAAUAAUAACAAACGUCUCGGAUCGCUCUAAAGAAUUGUUUGCUGUUACGGAGGAGAGCCACUUUGACAAAACAGCACAAAAGAUGCAUGACAGGCCGAGAGUAUGCAAACAAUAACGCGUCUCCUGUGUCUUAAGUGGGUUGGGGUAUUUUAUCCCCUCCUUAUCCUGCCCCUUUCAUUUCAUUGUGAAGUAUCACAGUGAUCCUAAAGUAUAACCAUUCUGGCAGCAUGGAUUUUUGGAACAAAACGUCUUUUAUUGUAACGGAAGAAAUGCCAUUUUACUCUCACAAUGAGGACAGAAGAUGAUAAGGCUCGUGUUCAAUGGAGACAGCGAAUGAUGACACCCAGAAGCGGCUGCUCAUGGCCUCAAGGAGCGCAACAAAAGUCUGUUUUUUUAUGUUUUUUCACAAUCACAUUUCAUUGAAGCCAGUUGUGGGUUUUUAAGAUGAGGAAAUAAGACGUAUUACAGCAAAGCAUGGGAAGUAUGACGCGUCUACAAGCAAACACAUGAUGGUUUGCUGACGCAUGCUCUCAGACGCAAGCAACCCUUUCAGCUCAAAGCGGCUUCUGACGUUCCUGGCGUCGUUUUAUUGUCUCCUUGUGAGUGCUGAACAAUGUACAGUGUACAAACCCUGACUGAUUCAUACCACCAGACAUUCUCAAACGGAGUCUAAGAUGAUGCACUGAUGCUGUAAAAGGACAAAUGAAGGGUUAUGGUAUGGUUUGGUAUGGUAUGGUUUAUUUCUUUCGGACAAGUUACAUUGAGGAACACCACCUUGCCACUUCAUUUGUAUUACUGAUAAUUAAUGGCACAGGUGUAACUUAGGCUGGCCACAAUAAAAGGCCACUCCAAAAUGGGCAGUUUAACUUUACAACUUCAGCUGCAAUCUCAAUUAAUAAUGUAUUAUUUUUGAAAGUGUUUUCAGUUUUUUGCGGGUACUCCGGUUUCCUCCCACGUUCCAAAAACAUGCAUGUUAUUGGCGACUGUAAAUUGUCCAUAGGUAUGAAUAUGAGAGUGAAUGGUUGUUUGUCUAUAUGUGCCCUGCGAUUGGCUGGCGACCAGCCCAGGGUGUACCCCGCCUCACGCCCGAAGGCAGCUGGGAUAGGCAAUCGAAGUGAGUGUGCUUCACGAGCCCACACACAGUACGACAGCCUUACAUGAAGCGCACCUAGCACGCACGAGUCGCUCGCCGCACUAACAAUCUAAAAGCUACCAACGGAGGGCGAGCAGCAAGCACGUUGGUGUCAUGAAUCACUUGCUCCAUAAGUGCGACACACUUGCAACCCCUGUGAUAACCUACUUCCUCUACGUGCUGGCCACGGCCAACUAAUUUCCCCAAAAUUGCGGAGUAACACGUACGUCGGGAUGUAACUCCCGCUUUAAGUCGACGCCAACAUACAGUACACGGUUGACCGCUCUUGUCGACGCAUAAUUUGAGCCCCAAAGGGGUCAUUUCUAUGACAAAAUUGUUGUAUUUAUGUUGAAAUGAUGUCGUACAGCAGCGUGAAACAACCGCAACAUAACAACAGUGGAACCUCGGUUAGCGUCAUUAAUUCGUUCGACUGUAACUGAAAUGGAUGUUAACCAAAUCAAAGUUUCCCAUAAGAAAUGAUGUAAAUCCAAUCCUUUUCAGAAAGCCAAAAAUGUUAACACAAAACAUACACGUGAGAGGGAUAAAUAAAAAUUGUGGCCCAAAUUUUUGACCGAAAAACACGCUAACCGGGCUUCCACUGUAUUUUUUUAAAUUUGUAUUUCCUGAGUCAGAUAAAAUCCUUAAAAUCCUCCGAACGGGGAUCAUUAUUACCUAAUAAGUGAAUCAUCUCAACACUUUUAUUAGAAGAUUAAGCAACAUUUAAUGCAGUUUACCACUUUAAUACUCUAUGUGAUGAAAAGCGUCACUCUCAGCUUCAUCUCUAGAACGGCUGCAUUCUCCGCGGCUGACGCUGACGGCAGUGCUGCUUGCUGGCAAGAGCGUCCGGCUCUUGAUGUUGUCGUGUGUCUACAGUACGUUUGUUGUGAUGUGAAAAAAGUUGACACCUUUGGUAGUUUUGUUAAAAACAGUUUGUUUUCCUCUCACCUUCUCCCCUUCUUCGCUCCACUGGAGUAACUCAGCUUCAUUUUUUUCCGAACUGCGCCAACAAGUUUGUUUUGUACCGUUUGAAUCAAUCUGCACAUGCUCAGUCACAUGGAAUAGUCCAUUGCAUGAGAAGGGAGGGGGGUGCGGUCGAAACGAUCAUGAUGAGCUACGCAUUUUGAUGUAGUUUUAAGCACAUGGAUUGAGGCUGAAACAGAAAUAUGUACUUUUAAUCAAAGAAAGAAAUCAAUAAUCGUUUUUUAUGAGAUGUUUGGGUUCCCCUGGAAAUCUCGUGGCCCGAGGCAAUUGGCAAAAGUCCGCCCGUGGUGGGCGCUGCUGCAAAUUUUGGUAUCGAUCCAAUACCAAGUAAAUGUAGCGCCAGUAUUGCGGCUGCCGAUGCUGAUACCAAUAAUUUGUCCUUAACAUUUUUUAAGAUCAUUGAAAGAUAUUGUGAUUUUGCCUUUUUAAUUGGUUGAUCAUGACAACAAUCACUAUAAAACACAAGACAAACAAACGAAAAUUGUAUUUGGGAAGUAUUUAUUUAACAAUGUCAACAAAAUGAUUCCCUUUUAUUGCAUACAAAUGUUUGAGCAGAAGAAGUCAACAAAAGCAGAAACUGUUAUUGGCCCUCAUUCAAAUCCUUUUUGCGUUUUGCCCCAAAAUCCUUUAUCGAAGAAGUUAUGUGAGGAGUUUGUAAAUAAUAUAUACGUAAAUGUAACAAUCCACCCGUAGCAUUGAUAUUAUUCAUGUUUGGAUUGAUCCGCCCAGCCCUACCAUAAAGAGUUGUCCCAAUACUUUUGUCCAUCUGUGUGUAUUAUACACUUGUCAUACAGUCAUGUGAGUGUAAUCUAAAUAGUAUCAAUGAAGGCAUCACACACACACACACACACAUGCUCACAUGCCUGUGCAGCACAGACAUUCCCUUGAGCUGGCCUCAGGUCUCACUUUGAAGACUGAGGGGAAGCAGAUAAUCUCAUGAAUACAGCGUCCUUUCCCACCUUCUCUCCUCUCCUCUCAUUCCUUUCUUGGAGCCGGACUCGGCUCAUCUGAGACCAGCCGGCGAGGACUUACAUGGGCGCUAAAGCCGUGGGGAUUUUUAACCCAGCUUUGCAGUAAAGUGAGGAUUUAGCACCAAUGCAAGGACCGGUCAUCCACCCCCUGGCUGUCUAAGAGAGAUAUUCUUUCUGUUUUCCACUUUCUACCCCCCCUUUCCCCUCAAAACAUGACUGUACUGUCAGAGGACCAGUCUGCGAGGCCCCAGCCAUGCCGGGUUCCGGAGCCCACCAAGCACGUCAGCACUACUGUAGACCAGGACUCAACAGACUUCACUGGCUCCAAAGAGGACUAUAUGGACAGCAUCGAAAGCGCCGUCUUUGGGUCCGUGGAGCCCCCCAGGCGCUCUUUGGGACGCCUCAUCCUCCACAGUUUGGUCAUGUUCGGAAGGGAAUUUUGCUACGCCGUGGAGGGAGCCUUCGUCACGCCGGUGCUGCUGAGCGUUGGUCUGCCCCGCAGUAUGUACAGCCUGGUGUGGCUGAUAAGCCCCAUCCUGGGCUUCCUGCUCCAGCCUAUCAUCGGAUCAGCCAGCGACUACUGCCGCUCGCCGUGGGGGCGGCGAAGGCCAUACAUCCUGACGCUGGGCCUUCUCAUGCUGGUGGGGAUCACCCUGUUCCUCAACGGAGAUCUUGCCAUCUCAGCGCUAGUCAGCGACAGGUCGCUGAGGACCACGUGGGCCAUCGUCGUGGUGAUGCUCGGCGUGGUUCUGUUUGACUUUGCCGCCGACUUCAUCGACGGGCCCAUCAAGGCCUAUCUGUUUGACGUGUGCUCGUACCAAGACAAGGAACGGGGGCUCCACUAUCAUGCUCUUCUCACAGGUCUUGGUGGAGCAUUUGGCUACCUAGUGGGAGCGAUGGACUGGGGUCAUUCCUUGCUGGGUCAGCUGCUAGGCUCCGAGUACCAGGUCAUCUACUUCUUCUCUGCGCUCACCUGGAGCAUCUUCCUCAUCGUGCACCUCUUCAGUAUUCCUGAGCAACCUCUGGCUACGACUGAUACCCGUGGCCCCUCGACUCUCAGUGCCCUUCGUCAGCUCGGGUCCCAACAUAACGGCUACGGAACGCUGUCCAAGGAAGCUAUGGUCCCUGCGGUCCCAGACAUCAGGCAGAGGUCCUUCUCUGCUCUCGGGGAGGCCAAUGCGGUGACCUCCAGUGCCAAACAGCCAAACAAGGAGGCUCGUGAGAGGAUGACACUUAAAUCUCUCACAAAAGCCAUCAUCAACAUGCCAAAUCAUUACCGCUACCUGUGCAUCAGUCACCUGCUGGGAUGGACGGCGUUCCUCUGCAACAUGCUCUUCUUCACCGACUUCAUGGGACAGAUUGUCUAUAAGGGGAAUCCAUACGCUGAGCACAAUUCCACAGCCUAUGCCACGUAUGAGAGAGGAGUGGAAGUGGGUUGCUGGGGUUUGUGCAUCAACGCAGUGUCCUCUUCUCUUUUCUCCUACGUGCAGCGUUUCCUGCUGCCGUACAUCGGCCUGAAGGGUUUGUACUUCCUGGGCUAUUUCAUGUUCGGCAUGGGCACCAGCCUAAUCGGCCUCUUCCCCAACGUCAUCGCCACGCUCAUCCUGUGCAGCGUCUUUGGGAUCAUGUCCAGCACGCUCUACACCAUCCCCUUCAACCUCAUUGCCGAGUAUCAGCGGGAGGAGGAGGAGGAACUCAAACGAAGAGGGGGCGACGAAACCCCGCGAGGGACAGGUGUGGACUGCGCCGCGCUCACCUCCAUGGUGCAGCUGGCCCAGAUUUUAGUGGGCGCGGGGCUGGGUGCCCUGGUCAACGCGGCGGGAAGCGUGGUGGUCGUGGUGCUCUCCGCCUCCACCGUGUCCCUGCUGGGCUGCACCUUCAUCGCACUCUUCAUAAGAUAUGUGGAAUGAACGCUCCUCGUGCAAGUCUUUGUAAUAUUGUAAUGAUGUUCGUAAAUAAAGAGUCUUUAUUAUAUCCUUUAAGGUGUCUACUAGAUACAAACAUUAUAGCAUAGAGUGUGUCCAAACGCACACUCUAAGCACUUUAAUACUUGGAUGAAAAUCUUUUGCGGUCAAUGAACCCAUGGAUCAUCAAAUUGUGAGUAUUAAACAUGACGCAACUCCAGGAACGACAAGGCUAGUCGUACGACGGAGUAUUAGGGCCACGUUGGAAAAACCCCCCAAAAAAACGGAGAUUUUAUGUACGUGAAAUGUACGUGAAAAAACUUGUACUAUUACGAGAAUAA